AUGCACAGGUGUGAACGCAAUAAUAUUAAGACGAAAGGGAAGAAAAAGGCGCGAGCAACGAGGAGCAACAAUCAGAACGCCCAAGACCAAAAUGGCCAGACCGGACAGAAUGGAAAUCGACCUGCCCGUUCUAUCACUGGACCGCAGUCGGCUUUGACUGAUUUCCUUGCCUCGCAUAACAUCUCUGCCGCUCAAAUUCGCUCCACUGCUGACGCUCGCCGGCGGCAAGCAGCAGCGGAGGAGGCAACAGAAGAAGAUGUGAAUGGUAAUGGGGAAUCUUCUGCAGCUGGCGCUAGAUCUGGGCGUCGUGCGGCUCGUAGCGACGAAAAUGAAGCUUCUUCAAAGCGCAAGAUGGAGGAACAGAAGACGCUCACCAAAAUCAAGGAAAGCAAGGCUUUCAGGAAGCGUAAGAAGAACACGGAUGAAUCGGACGACGAGAUUGCCCGUGCAAUCAUGGACGAGGGCACUGGCCCUUUGCCUGGACAGAUGGAAAACUGCGAAAUUUGCGACAAACGAUUCACUGUCACACCUUACUCGGUCGCUGGACCUAACGGCGGACUGCUGUGCUCCCCUUGCGGGAGGGAGAUAGCCAAGGAACGACAAGGUGCACCAAAGAAGAAGGUCAAGAAGCAGGCUGCCGUUGGCGGUGUUGGCAGACGUCGAGCGAUUCAGAGUCGAAUCCUAGAUGGCGAUGUCGGUACCAAGAGCUUGGCUACUCUUUGUGUUCAGACCUUGGCCAAAAAUGUUGAUCUUGCCGACAGUCUUGGAGAUCUACCAGAACAUCUCGUUGACAAGAUUGCACGGAUGUUCUCCAAGCGCCGACUUCUCAAAUCCGAGACUCUGCCUCUCUUCGUCCAGCCAAAUACCGAAGAUGUCCAUAUCUACGAUGGCUCAAAGCUCACCGAGUUCGACUACAUGUCAAUCUUCCAGAUCGCCCCACGACUUCGACACCUCAAGAUUCGAUGCGGCAUUCAAUUCAAGGAUGAGGUCAUGGACUAUCUGUUGACUCGUGACACUGCGUUGGAGACGUUCUAUCUCCAUGGAGCGAACCUUUUGAGUGAGGAGAAGUGGCAUGAGUUCAUGCAAGCCAAGGGCCAAUCGUUGCAGGGGGUUCAAGUAUACUACACGGACAACCAUUUUGGCGAUGACAGUAUAGCCAUGUUGAGAGAUCACUGCCCCAACUUGAAACGACUCAAGGUCGAGAACAACCAAAAACUCACCAAUGAUGGUGUCAAGACGAUUGCAGAUUUGGCAUCCUUGGAGCAUCUUGGGCUUCAGCUGCUGCACAAGACACGAUCCGAUGCUUACGUCAAAAUCAUCCGAAGCAUCGGCGUCAACCUUCAGACUUUGUCUCUCAAGAUUGUCACCGAUAUCGACGAUGCCGUGUUGCGGGCCAUUCAUGACAACUGUCGAUCUCUCGUCAAGUUGCGCAUCACUGAUUGUGAGGUCAUGACCGACUUUGGAUUUGUCGAGCUGUUCACCAACUGGGAGAACCCUCCACUGCAAUUUGUGGACCUCCAAAAGUGCCGACAGGUGGACGCGAGUAGGCCUCGAGAAAACCCUGACAACAUCGGUCUUUGCAGCGACGGCUUCAAAGCAUUGAUGGCUCACUCUGGUCACAAACUUCGGGAGCUCAACGUUCAUGCGUGCCGUCAUAUUUCGCGGGAGGCUUUUGAAGAGGUUUUUAACGAGAAUGCCCAAUACCCCGAGUUGAAAAAAAUGGAGAUCAGCUUCUGUGAGGAGGUGACCGACUUCGUUUUGGAUUUGAUCUUCCGAGCUUGCCCUAAUAUUCGGGAAGUCAAUGUCUUUGGGUGCAUGAAGGUGAGGAAUGUCCGCGUGCCUCGCGGUGUCAUUCUCGUGGGUAUCCCCAAUGCACAGGGCAUGAUGGUGGAGGGGUCUGAAUGA